GAUGAGUUGUAGAGUAAUGUAAAUUGUAAAGUUAUUUUCCUGUAAAUCAUUUUAGAUUUUUAAUUUUUAUGUGAUGUUAUUUUGAUACAUUUGUAGGUGUUCGAAUAUAAUUAGACGACGUGUAACGUAAAAAUGCAGAAACCGCUAUUGUAUUUAACUCAGUUCCUUACAUUAUUCAGUGUAUUUCAACAAGGGUUGAGCUAUUUUUUGACCGUUGACGCUCACGCUGAAGAAUGUUUUUUCGACAAAGUCGAAGUCGGCUCUAAAUUGGGUCUGAUGUAUGAAAUAUCUGAGGGUGGUUUCCUGGAUAUUGAUGUCAAAAUUAUUGAUCCUGAUGGUGAAUUAAUAUACGAAGGAUUGAGGGAGUCUAGUGGAAAGUAUACAUUUGCUGCCACUAAGAAAGGGGCAUACACAUACUGUUUCAGUAAUCAAAUGUCUACAAUGACACCAAAAGUAGUUCUAUUCAGUAUGGAAGUAACUGAACCAGAAAAAGUAGAUUUAGAAAAAGAUAGUCCAACUGGCGAAGAAGGUGAACAUAAAAAACUAGAGACCAUGCUUCGAAAUCUGGGAUCUGCAUUAACUAGUGUUAAACACGAACAAGAAUAUAUGAAUGUGCGCGAUAGAAAUCACAGAGCUAUUAAUGAAUCUACAAAUAAACGUGUUGUGAUGUGGUCAUUCUUUGAAUCGUUUGUAUUGCUUUCAAUGACUGUUGGUCAAGUUUAUUAUUUAAAAAGAUUUUUUGAAGUUAGAAGAGUUGUAUAAUACUUCAAAUAUAUAAAAAAAUUUUUUACACCUUGUCUGUAUAUUUCUUAUAAAAAUGUUUUUUUUUUUUUUGAAGAUAAAAUAAAUUUAAUUAAAAUUGAA